AUGGUGAAUAACGGAGCAUUACGACGGGCUAGCCGGAGUGCCAAAGGGAAAGCUCAACACUCUACAACAGAGGAGUUACCAGGUCCAAGAUUGAAGAUGAAGAGCACAACGGGCCCAGGAAAGUCGGAAAAGGGUCGACGAAGCACAAGAGGUCCCCAACAGAAGUUGAAUUUAGCUACGCUGCCACAUGUGAAAGACCCACCCCAAUUGCUGCGCGAGGAUGGUGCCGCUGAUUCGUGCCGUGCUGCCACCAAGCACGCAAUCCCGAAGGCACCACAGCAGCUCAAAUCAAAAGAUACUGAUCCCAUACUGCAGAAGCUCGAUUCAGCCAAAGUGAUAAUCGAUACGUACCACAUUCGCUCAACCUCGAGAAUUGGCGUUGACGUUCAACACGAAACCGUCAUUGACACCAAUGGUGAUGUUUCAGCUGCCAAGAAAGAUCGGGACAGCAAGCGGCAAAUCAAUGAUAGUACAAGAAACGAAUUUUCUAAAAUUCACACUGCAUUAGUCCAGCCAGAGAGCAGAUUCCGGCGUCUGACACUCUCACUGCCACGGAACCCAGAGCCUCGAGGGAAGCUUUCUGCCGGGAAAAAAUAUACUCAUCACCUCAAGACCGAAGUGGAUUGGAAUGAGGAUCUGCGGCCAACAGACGACGAGAAGUCGACCAAAGCGAGUAGUGAUGGCGAAGCAAACUUUGGUUCUACUCGAGACUCCGAAUCCAUGGGGGAUGAAGAGAGGUCGAGUCUCAAACGAAAAGCAUCAAACGCCCAAAUAAAUUCCGAGAAGCGGAGAAAACCUGCGAAAGGCGAAGCUAACAUCAGGAGAGAAAGCAAUCAGCGGGCUGAGUUGCCAUUGACUUCACUGAUCACGGAUCCGGCCAAAACAUUACAAACAAAGCCAAUCGAUUUCAUGAUAAAGGCUAAGUCGAUGCCAGGUGAACAGUCACAAGAAGUUGACACACGAAAUGAACUCGAAGUUGCAUCGUCCGUUCCAAAGGCACACAAUAUUUGUCAGGAUGGAUCAGCUGGUCAUCAACAUGAGAUCAUUGAAAUAACGAGCUCGCCAGUAGUAUCUGAAACCAGCAGCUCAGACUAUGGUAUUGACGUGCUUAGAGGGGAGACUUACCGGGUGGUUGGAAGAAGCAUUGAUGGGAGAGGAAAAACUGUCGCUCAGAAGCUCGUCGAUGCGCUCCAUGGAGUACAGUUGCACUCUCAACUUCAGCCUGCUGUUGAGACCACCUUGCAUUGUGCUCACAAAAGAGCUGGUCGGUCUUCACGCAUGUCCAUUCGUGAUGAGUCUCAAAGCCAAGACCUGAAGGUCAUCCAACAGACACAAACAAGCCUUGACAUGAGACAACAAGGUCACGGAUUGCCAGGAACGCUGCAAAUGGCUCAUGCAACAACAGUACCAUUAGAUAUGGCGAAUCCUUGCAACACCGGCGGACUCCAAAUUGAUACGAAGCCCCAAGGAUCCUUGAUUGGUGGAGACUUGGCGCACAUCAAAGUUGGCAGUGAUGGAUUCAGUGACCGCCAUGCAACUCCAAAUUGUCUUCAAGCACAGCGUGAACAGGUUUCCUUAAAAAGUGUCGAUCUGACGGAGGAACCUCGCCCAGGUGCCACCCAGCUCCCUGGAGAUGUCCCAGAACAUGACACAGAUAGCUCAUCGCAAAACUCACCAGAGGUAGGAAGAGAAGGUUUCACAGCUGCAAUUUCCCGAGGCAGAGACCGCGGAACUCGCCAUACUCCCGAAUCCGAGAAGCCGCUUCUAAGCCUGCAAACCCCCAUUCAAAGCAGGGUUUCGAUUUUCGGGGGUCUCAAGACGGGUCCAAGAAGCAGUAUAGUCGAUUCAAACGGUAGCCCUAGGCGCAUGCUGCAGGCGAACCUGACGGCCCACAAAUCUCAAAGCCCACUUAAAGAUGUCCAUUUGCUCACCGAUAUUGAGAUGCCCGACUCCAGUUCCAGUAACUACAACGAAGACUCGAAUGCAUCUUCUCUAGACAGCUCAGACGACGAACUGACAUGGUCAAAAUACCAGCGCGAUAUGUUCAUGGAGUAUGGCUUCCAAACAGCAUCGAUGAAGAAAAGCAGAACCCAAUUGCCUCCGCCCAAGGAAAAUUCCAGCACUGGUGGCAACAGUGAAGUCCCUGGCCAAAAUGGAAAACAGUCAUCGGCGGACCCAAUCUCGACAUCUUUCAUUCCACCUUCAGGUGACUCGAUGAUACCAGAGCGAGACGCUCAUGGUGUGAGUCAAAAUCGGGCUGCAGAAGUCAAACCAGGCCCCAAUCAGAUAUCCACUGAAAAGCCGCAGGCACACGACGCCCAGCAUGUAGUGAUGCCCUUGUCUACAGAAUACUCUGGUCCCCUCCGAAUGGCCCCUGAAGCUCAUCAAUUAUCUCAAUCGAAUGACUCUAACCCUCAGGAUUGGAUUUCAGCUCUACAAAGUGCUCAAAAAAGUGCCCACGAUCUGUUGUUGGAAACGAAUCAAGCAAGUCAAAUUGAAUGCGAGGGAGCAUCUUACCAGCUUACAGCAGAACAAGAGACGAUCCGUCAGGUACUUCAAAUCUAUCGACAGGGAUGCAAUUGCAUCCUCGAUGAUCUUUUCCACGCACAGCAAGUCCGCGUGGGACUUUACCAACAGCAGAUGAAGGCGGUGAAGGAGCAACAUCGACAGAUUUGCCAAGAACUAGUUGAGGGUCUACAAGACCUGGAUCAUCGGGUGCAAGGGGGAUAG